AUGACCGUCUAUUCAUUCUACAUCUUCGACCGCCACGCGGAAUGCAUAUACAAGCGUCGGUGGCUCCCUCGCCCGGCCUCCCUCAAAUCUCCGGGCGGACCAGAGCUGGGCCAGACUAUGCGGACGGGAGACGAUGAUGCCAAGCUGGUCUUCGGAACGGUGUUCUCUCUGCGAAACAUGGUGCGGAAAUUGGGGGGUGAAGACGACAACUUCGUCUCCUAUACCACGAGCCAAUAUAAGCUCCACUACUACGAAACUCCAACCAACAUCAAAUUCGUGAUGUUAACCGACAUCAAAAGUCCCAGCAUGCGGAUCGCUCUCCAGCAAAUCUAUAUCAACCUUUUCGUGGAAUACGUGGUCAAGAAUCCUUUGUCACCGGUGGAACACCCUGGUGGGCUGGGAGUGAACAAUGAGCUGUUCGAGGAAUCGCUGGAACAGUUCGUGCAGACUCGGGUCUUGGCAUGA